CAUACAACCACUUGUUCGACUUGGCUGUUCUCCAUCAAUCAGUUGAUCUCCGCCUACGGAAGACCGUUGCAACUCAAUCCGACGCGUAGAAUGGACCGUUCUAAGCACCAUGAGCAACGAGGUGCCACAGAAUAUCAAUUUCCAGCUUGAAGGAUGUCGAGCUCUGGAGGACUAACCAGCUCUCCUUUGAAAGGAAAUUUGGACUUCAAUUGGGUCUUCUUAGUUGAGCUAGCUGUCUGUGGAAUCCUGACGCUUUUCUUCCUUUUUUAUUUCAAUAGAGUGUUCGCAACACUGGUAUCUUACGGUCUGCGAGCUUGGACGUGGCAUAAAUAUCGAGUCUACAUAGACAUCCAAGCACUGCAGAUAUCCCUUCUUGGAGGCCGAGUCUUCUUCAAAGGUUUCCGAUACCAUGGGAACAACGAGACAAUUUUGAUCCAUAGUGGAUUUAUCACAUGGUGCUACUGGCUCAGGAAUGUUAGGGAACUGGCUGUCAGCCAGAACCAAGACUCUAAAUCAAAAAGAGUGUCAACGGAUUCCGCCAACGACAAGGUGGAUGGAGAAAGCAUCGAUGGAGGAGAAAGUGGAGGCCAGAAGGACCGCAAGAAGUUGCCUUGCCGGCUCAAUGUCUUCUUGAACGGGGCGGAAUGGUUCGUGUACAACCGAAGCGCUGCAUAUGAUGCAAUAGUAGCAGGGUUGACGAGAGGAGACGAUGACGGCUAUGAAGCUGCUCCAGAGGAACAACAAGGCAACUUUGAAGGGGGAAGGGCUAGGAUAAGAAAGAGGGAUCCACUGGCUGCUUCGGAUAAAGUAGAAGAAUACCUUGGUUCCUGCUCCGAGUCGAAAGAGGGCACACCUUUGACGGAAAAGAGUAGUUUUGGGAUCGAGCCAAACGAUCCAAGACUUCGAUCCACUUUUUCCACCUCGAGAGCUGGGAGCGUUCCUUUUGAAGAGAAGAAUGGCAGUUCUGAGGGAGCUUUCAUUCUGCGUUUUCUUCCCAUUCACAUACACUGCGUGAAAGCAGCUGUUGUACUUGGAAACGAGAACACAAAAAGCGUGCUUAUUGCAAAGACCGACAGGGCGAGUGGGGAGAUUGAUGCAGCAAAUUCAACAACGUUGGACCAGUAUCGUCAACUGAUCAAUUUUCAGUUUGCUCAUCCCGUUGUCCAGAUAAAACCUAACGAUGAUUUCAAAGAAGACCAAACCACAGCUGCCUCACGAGUGAAGCGUGGCGAAGGGGAACACCAAGAUUCGAAUACUCAUCAUGUCCACACACAUUCUUUUUUCCACCGUCAACGGCGAAGAGUAUGGCACAGGCUGCAAGAUCUUGUGCCUGCAUUUCGAAGCUCGGUGGAAUCUUUAUCAUCCAGCACUCAUGGCUCUCCCGAGAACCCAUCCCGUGCCGGGCCAGACUCAAACAGCUGGCAAGGAUUAUCGAGGUACCUUGACGAAAGCGAGCAGGAUGACAAAGCUAAGUGGUCCGCAAUUGAGUAUGCUACUGUUUCUACUAUUGCAGACAGCCCAGAGGCGAGCAUGAGCUUUUAUUGGGACGUUGUCGGCACAGUUCCAGAGCGCUCGAACUUGGCAUCCGAACAACGUGGCAAAGAAAGUGCUAACAUUAAUGGUGAUCCUCCUCCGGAAUGGGGCAUUGACUUGUCCUUCAAAGGCGCUACAAUCAACUAUGGCCCCUGGGCGGAUAGACAACGUGCGGACAUACAACGAGUAUUCUUUCCAAGCCUAUGCAAAGAUUCUCGACCUAGCAAGCAUUUGGUAUCCGGGCAAUUCAGAGUGCCAACAGAGUUCAAACUGAGUAUUACCUUUGACGAAGAAACUAUUCUCCGCGUUCCAAUCAGAGAAGAGUCGAAGAAUUGGAAAUGGACCAAACUUGCAGAUACUAUGGGUGCCAGGCCUGACGAUCAGAAGAGGAACGGGAAGGGCAAUCGCAAAAGGAAGGUAGAUAAGGGAAAUCCCGGUCCUGAAAUUCGACCUUUUGGCUGGCUUGACGUCAAAGUCGGGGCAAAUGCAAUUGUCAAAUAUACCAUGGACAUGGUCGCAGGCCCGGCAGGUUUUGGAAAUAAGCUCGAGUUGGACCUGCCAAAUACUGAAAUCACUACAAGCGUCAACCAUGGUCUACUCUGGAGGUCGGUUGAAAAUCGCAUAAUAUGUGAUCUUUCUAGCCCGUUACAGUGGAACGGCCAUCGUACUUGGACGUUUGACGUGGAUAGCAAUGGCUUAGAGCUUUUUAUUCUACGAGAGCAUGUGUUCCUACUGAUUGAUCUUGUCGAUGAUUGGGGGAAUGGCCCGCCGCCCGAUUACCUGGUUUUCACUCCUUUCCGGUAUCUGGUCAAUUUGCACCUUCGUGACUUCAGGCUUUAUCUGAAUGUGAACGACUCAAACAUCAUCAACAACCCUUCUGAUUUUGACGACAAUACGUUCAUUAUCAUAUUCGGCGCCAUAUUGAAUGCGGGGAUUCGGAUUCCCAUAGACAGCUAUUGCCCGUGGCGCAACGAUAUUACCUUCGAUGUUGAUGCAAAACAUGGAGGACUUAACCUCCAUGUCCCUCCUUGGAACACGCAGGCGACUUUCCUGAGCUCAACAGAGCUGGCAACUCUGAAAGAACUAUCCAUCGACGGAACCUACCAAUAUUGUGCAACUACUUCGACGAAUAACACCGACACACUAUUGCUGAAUGUUCAUGGUCAUGCUCCGUCCGCAAUGUUCUAUGGAUUCGUGAUUCGGUACUUUCUAAAGCUUAAGGAUAAUUACUUUGGUGACGAUAUCCGUUUUAAGACUCUUGAAGAAUAUCAAGAGGUGUUGCGAGGUAAACGUGAGGGUAGUGACGGAGCCAGCUCACAGCCACCGCAUAAAAAAUCCAAUGACCUGGAUGUCAUUCUCAGCAUAACUGCAGAUGAAUCUAGUGUAAUUCUCCCGUCGAACCUUUACUCGGCCAAAAAUCACACACGAAUUGAGAUACCGACCCUCGCAGCUGAUCUCAGGUUCACAAAUUAUUACAUGGACUUAGACUGCGUGUUGAGUACUUUGGCUUUCUCUCAGGAUAGCGAAGAUGAGGGGACCGCCACUCCUAUAAGCGCGACAUCAAGUACACAGCUCUACAUCGAUGGAGUCACAAUCGCCGGUAAUCGACUCUUUGGCUUACCUCCGACAGAGCCAACCUAUAUGUGUAACUGGGAUUUCGCUGUGGGAGCUGUUACUGGAGAAUGUACAACUGAAUUCUUCAACCGCCUAGCUGGUGGCGCUCGAGCUUUUGCAUUCUCCUUCGACGACGAUGAAAAUGCAUUACCAUCUAUCUCAGAAGUCAUCCUCCACGACAUCACGUUCCUCAGCGCGUCCGUUGAAUCGUUACGCAUCUGGCUUCACGUGGAUGAAGCUGCAUUUCUUCUUGCUGCAGGCACUAUCACAGUCAACUUCAACGACUGGGCUGGCAGCCAUUAUUCCAAAAAGGCCAACCUCCUGAUUCCCGAUCUGCAUCUUGGCUGCGUAGAUGCAGAGUCUGCAUCAAGGCACAGAUCUAGGGCACAGCAUCCGGUCGAAACACAUGCACUUAUUCAGACAACCCUGUCGUUUGCCAUCAUCCAGAGAAAGCUCGGAUUUGAAGAAGAUCGUCGCCUUCAACAAGAGCAUGUCAAACGGCAUGAUCAACGAACCCACCGAACAGAUUUCCUUCUCCAUCAAAAUAUUCUUGAUGACUCGAUGUUAGUCUCGGUGGACCCACCAGCUCAAUGUGUACCGCCAAUGCCUUUGCCUGUCAUCCAAGAAACCCUGGACAAGCUUGAUGAUCUCUCCAUCCACUCGAAAGCAUCCUCCAUACGCCAUGGAAAAGGUACAAUGGGCCGCAAAAGCUCGUUUCUGUCACUGUCGGGCUCUAGUCUGAGAAGCGAAAGUAGUAUUGUACGUCCUCACAGCUCUCUAAGAAUGGCUCAAACGUCGGCCGCAGAGUCACGGUCUCGUAGUAUGCACACUAGCACUGGACCUGGACAACGAAUCCCCCUCCGGGACCAUUCCACUUCAACUGGACGGCAAUCAUCAUUCUACAGUGCUGUUGGAGACAAUCGAGGCAUGCCUCCAUCUACUGUCACAUUUUCUAGCUCAUACGUGGCUCCUUACUUCCCACUUGAAGGUGUAGAACCUGACAUCAGAGAUUUACCCGAGGUUACUACACACUUGCAGCCCGACCCAUAUGGUGAUAUAAAUCAACUGAACUUAGGCGACAUAAGACCUGACCGGGUGGACGAAGAUUCCACGCACAUCAGUUUCAUGGUAGAGUUCCCAACUGGUGUUAGAGGGGUUUUCUGCCCAAAGGCAGCGCAUGCAGUUGCAGGUCUACUCAGUGCUGUGCAGGCUGUUGAUCCCAUUGACCUCUUAGAUGAGCUUCAAAUCGACUGCUUGAACGAGAUAUUCGAUUUGAAAAGGCAGAGAUCAUCGACAGGCAAAGUGCUUGAUCUGAGCGUACGUGUUUCUGGGAUCAGCCUUCGGUUCUUGAACUCUUCAGCGACUCCGAGUGUUAGACACGAUCACCACGACAUGCUCGACCAAUAUGAUCUCUCCAUGACUGGGCUUGCUAUCACAACGAGGUCCGAAACUUCUCCAUUGGUACCCGAGACUUCAGAGGGCGCCCGGAAGUCUUCCGUCGUGCACGUCUCCCUCCGUACGGCCGCACUCGCUGCUAAAGAAAAACACAGUGCUAUAGAUGACCCACAAGCGGCAGUUCAUGGCGUACUAGACGAUGUUGUGUUCUGGCUUAUGCAAAAUAACGAGAAUUCGGCGAGCGUCGCUUUCAAAGGCUUUGAGAUUGCUACCAACAGUAGUAAACUCGAAUAUCUUGCUUCUCUGAUACAUCGGACAGAAAUUCUUAGUAGUGAGCUUGUGGAGACCUUCUCACAUCGACUCAAGCAACAACGCAAUCGUGUCAAAUUAUUCACUUAUCUUGUCGCCACUGCUGGUCAACAAGCUCCUGAUCCCCUGUUUCUCACAAGACCAUCCUACGUUUUGCGAUCUGCUGCGGACCAUUUGAGAACAACCGACUCCUGGAAGAUAGUUACACGCCUACAUCAUAUGUACAGUAGCUUGCACGUUUCAACUCAGCACGACAUAGCAAAUCGUGUUCUGAGUAAUGCGGAAACUGUUCCAGCUGAUGCUGAGCAGAAGGUUCGUGACGGGUUCGACCAAUGGAGAAGUUGGGAUCUCAACAAUAUCAAUGCAUGCCGUGUGAUGGGACGAGUCUAUGGAUCCGAAGCUGCUCUCAAGAAACCAUUAUCAAGGACGAAACCGCUCAAAGUAUCCUUUAGGACUGAGAAUGUGCGGCUUGUGCUUGAUCCUGGGCCAAAACAAAACGAAGUAUCUUUGGCCGAUAUCUCGUCAUCUUUCGAGAGCGAGGCGUCGUUGUCAACAGCUGAUAUUGAUCCGCAUGCAGUGACGCAAUACGUGGAAACUAUGGUGGCUCAGAUAUUUUGUGCUCAUGUAUCAAUCAGUUUGAAUUGGGAGUUGUGUGAACUCGCAGAGGACAUCUUGAAACUGCACCACCAAAGUCCUGCUCAACCCAGCCGUCCGGACGGUGGUCUCCCAGUCGCAAACAAUCACCGAGCAGACAAGCCCAAACGUAGGAUUCAUGUGAUAGUAGUCACCGACAAGGGCUCAAUAACUUUCGACACGAUCAACAUCCGGGCAACGUCACUUAGUGAAGGGCUCAAGGCCUCCUUUGUAAUGGUUGACCAAAUAGAAGGUGAUAGCCAAAGUGUAGGAUGUUUGAUGCUUGCUGCCGAAGCAGCCACUUCAAGGAUCACGAGCCAUUCACAAGAGUUGUCCAUUUUCCAAAUGCGGAGUCCUAGUAUAUAUGCCUCGCAUGAAGCGCAAUUGAACGAAGACACUCUAGUCGACGUCGUUAAGGUAGCUGGCAAUUGUCAACAGCUGUCUUUCAUUCUGAAGCAAGAUAUAUUGGCCCUCAUCGAAGUUCUAGAUCUCGUUGUCGGAGACGAGGUUCUGCAGCUACAUCGCCUGAAAGGAACCAUUCCAGCCGGAAAGCCAGAUCUGAUGGAACACUCGGCACCUUCUCGAAAAUCCGGCUCUCGCACAAAAAUCAACAUUGCUCUAUUUCUAGACAUGUACCACAUCAGUGUGCCUCUACUUCAGUCUUUGACGUAUAAUGUUUCGGGAGUCGUCGCCAGAGCGUCAGUGGCUGCGCAGCUUGGUUCAGAGAUUAUCUUUGACUUCGAUGUGAAGGAAAAUUCACAUGACAUACAAACUGUUGUGAACAACAAACCGAAAAGCAUCUCGCUUCUACAGUUGCCCCCCACUAAUGGUCGUAUCACCAGCCAUAUGUCGGACGAAGAGAAUACCGUAUCGAUAAUAACGUCCGUUGAACCUGUCGAACUAGAUGCCGCUGCGGUACACAGCCUCUUGACUGCGCUCAAUAGACCCGAAAUCUCUAGUGUCAUUAAUGACGUACAGGAAGAUCUGAAAUUACUCCAAAGUCAUGUCGAGGAAGUAUUUGGACCUUCCAAGAAACCAGAAACUCCACCCACCCAAUCCUCAGGGUCGCCUCUGGUAUAUGAUGCACACUUCACAUUGGCUGGAUUUGAUAUAUUCGCCAACGCCCAAGGCCAGGAUGGAGAACGAAACAGUGCAAGACUGGACCUAAAUUUGGGCUGUAUUCAGCUUGUGCUUGCAAAUCGUCUCGAACCAGAUGGUCCUGUGCUAGAUUUCCCCGAAUUACGCAUGUCGUUGCGCCAGGUUAUGUUUGAGCUCUCUCGGUGGAGCAAUGGAUCCAUGGAGCCUUGUGGCAAUCUUGCGUUCGCGGCUCAUCUAACUGCAACGUCUAAACUCAACGACUCUGGCAACGAAGUCAGGUCCUUUCACAUGAACAGUGAUGGACUGGAGAUCAACCUAUUUGCAGAUACUGCAUCAUCUGUUGUUGACGUUGUGGGACACUUACAAGACAAAAUCAAAGACCUUGACUUAUCGAGAGAGAAGAAAUACCUACAGAAGCUGCGCAAGUCAAAACCGCGUAUCGCCAUCAACGAGGAGCAAGACAGAUCAGAAGGCAGUAUCUCUGGUUCUUCGGUCAUGUUUGCUUCGAUGUACUCUCUGGAGCUGCUGAAUAUCCACGUGAGUUGGCUGGUCGGGACAUAUGAAGCCAGUCAGUCCCCUCACCUUGAAAAAGAGAAUCUCGUGCUUUCGUUGAAGCGUAUCGAUCUUUCCACAAGGAAAGAAAAUGCUGCGAGAUUGACCAUUGAGGACCUCCAAUUGCAAAUGGUCCCCACCUCACAAGAUAAAAGUCAAAGAUCUUUGAAUUCAGCGUUAUUGCCAGAGGUAAUCUUCAAUGUCGGUUUCGUGUCUACAAUAGAUGCUCGUCGACUCGCCUUUCAAGCGGCAGGGAAAUCACUCGAUCUCCGCCUCACGUCGCAGUUCAUGAUCCCUGCAUCCGCCUUGCAGAAGUCUAUUACUUCUGCCUCCGAAAAGCUUCGGGCUGCUUCAGCUACAUGGAGUAGACCAAGCCCUGAACCAACGACGGAAACAACCCGCCGCCAACCAUUCUUCGGGAAGAAGCGCAUGGAGUCUCUGCUAGUUGAUGCGGAUUUUGCAGGAGCUGUAGUGUACCUCUCGGGUAAGAAGCUUUUCGGCCCUGGCAAUACUACCCCAGGAAUCAGACCAAGUAGAGCGCCACAGACUGGAAAAUACGGACAGUUUACACAGACAGAUGCGAGCAGCAACACAAUUCUUCGAGCUCCGGGUCUGGCUUGGAAGAUCGAGUACAAGGACAGCGGCUUAGAUGACCCGUCGCUGAACGCAGAGGUCAAGGUCGAUGCCUCUACCAAUAUCUUAUAUCCAUCAGUUGUCCCCCUCAUCAUGGAAAUAUCCUCAACGGUCAAAGAGGUUGUCAGUGACGAAGACGACACGAAGCAUUCCCAGCCAAAAGCAUCUCCACAAAAGUUCAUGGGAGCUGAUGAAGACAACAUUCUGACUGCCGAUCCCAGCGCGGUAUUAGGGAAGACAAGGCUAAAUCUUGGCCUGCGAAUCUGUCGGCAAGAAUUCAGUCUUAGCUGCCAACCAAUUGCUCGCGUUGCUGCAACUGCCCGCUUUGAUGACAUCUACAUAACAAUCAACACAGUACGUUCUACCGAACACGGUCACUUUUUUGCAGCCUCUGCAGCUUUCACUAGGCUUCAAGCUUCAGUGCAGCAUGUCUACUCUCGGGAGUCAACUGGAAGCUUCGAUGUCGAGUCAGUCUUCCUCUCAUUGAUGAACAGUAAGCACGUCAGCGGGACCAGUGGACUUUCUGCAAUACUGAAGAUCAGUCCAAUGCGGAUUCUUGUGAACGCGAAACAGUUGCAAGACUUUCUACUCUUCAGGGAGAUCUGGGUGCCACCAGAAAUCCGUCAGAGCUCGCCAAACCCUGCAACAAAUCCAACGCUACAGUCGCAAACAUUUCUCGUUCAACGAUAUCAACAAGUUGCAGCGACAGGCGCGUUUCCUUGGAACGCAACGGUUUCCGUUGCGGAGCUAGACGUACAAUUGGACCUUGGUCAGGCCAUCGGGAAAUCGGCGUUCAUGAUAUCGAACUUCUGGAUUUCGUCCAAAAAGAACUCGGACUGGGAGCAAAAUCUGUGCUUAGGUUUUGACAAAAUCGGGGUCGACAGCACUGGUAGAAUGAGUGGUUUUGUUGCCUUGCAAGAUUUCAAAGUACGAACCUCGAUACAAUGGCCAGCCCGAGAGAUGGCAUUAAAUCAAACACCGCUUGUUCAAGGAUCUCUUGGAUUUAGUCAAUUGCGAGUGAAGGCAGCUUUUGAUUAUCAAGCGUUUCUAGUUGCCGAUAUUACGUCGUUCAAAUUUCUCAUGUACAAUGUCAGGAAUGCCUCCCAUGCGAAAGGCGACCGGCUCGUCGCAAUCCUUGACGGAGAAGCUGUGCAGGUCUUCUGUACUACUACAAGUGCCUCCCAGGGCCUUGCACUAUUUCAAGCAUUCCAGAGGUUGGUUCAAGAAAAGAGAACUAAUUAUGAAGCCUCUUUAUCUGAGAUCGAAAGAUACAUGAAGAGGAAAUCUGUCGCUCAACCGACUUCGCCGCUUCCGAAGGUUGCUCUCGGCGUGGUGGGGGAAGACAAAAUAGCCAAUUCGCCGAUUUCGUUGCAUACAGAUGUUAUUGUCACCCUAAAAGCCGUCAAUAUGGGGGCGUUCCCAAAUACAUUCUCGGACCAUCAAGUCUUCAAGCUAGAGGCUCUCGAUGCACAAGCCAGAUUCGCAGUCACAAUGGAUCAAGGUAAAAUCCAUAGUAUCCUCGGUCUUACACUUGGUCAGCUCCGCAUUGGUCUUGCUGGAGUCAAGAAGGUGGAAAUGCCAAAGUCUGUCGGGGAAAUUUCUGUUGAGGAUGUUGUCAACAGCGCCACUGGAUCUCGUGGAGGGACCAUCCUAAAGGUCCCUAAAGUUGAAGCUACUAUGCAAACGUGGCAGAUUCCAAACUCUAAUCAUAUUGACUACAUCUUCAAGAGCUCCUUCGAAGGAAAAGUCGAGGUUGGUUGGAACUAUUCGCGGAUUGGCUACAUUAGAGGCAUGUGGGCAGCACACUCUAAAGCACUUGCUCAGAGACUUGGAAAACCGUUACCACCUUCAGCCGUCAAGAUUACUGGUGUGCCGGAUGAGGAUGGGGCGGAAAGGAAAGAAGGCGAGCAACAAAAGAUUACUGCGGAGGUCAAUGUACCACAAUCCAAGUACAACUAUACCGCCCUUGAGCCGCCCAUUAUCGAGACGCCGCAGUUGAGAGACAUGGGCGAAGCAACACCACCACUGGAAUGGAUUGGACUUCAUCGAGACCGGCUGCCAAAUUUGACACAUCAAAUUGUGAUCGUGACACUUCUGGAACUUGCCAGCGAAGUGGAAGAUGCCUAUGGGAAGAUUUUGGGGUCAUCUUGACCCAUUCUCGUCUGCUGUAUAUAUAUAUCUGGGUUGGCAUUAGCAUAGCGAAGGCGUUCAGGGCAUUGGCCAUUGGAGAUUCCACAAAGCGUAGCAAAGCAUCGUUGUAUGGGCAGUGGAGAGCAAGCUACCUGUGAUAGUUUAUAAUGUAUUUUAUUGACCCUGAGAAGUAUUUGAAGGUGCAAGGAAACGACUAGAGCUACUGUACGCUCUGCAGACGGUUACAAACAAGGGUAGCAAUGCACUCCACUCGGACUAUGCAGGUCAAACGAUUGUCCAAUUUUGAUAGGGGCACUGCCCGAGUAUCCAGUCCAAUAAUGGCGACAGGUUACCU